AGCCUCCAGUGGGGAAGGUGACCCAUAAAGUGGAGGAUGAGAGGCUGGAGGUCCUCACCUGCCAGGCCUUUGGCUUCUACCCCAAGGAGAUCCAGGCCACCUGGACCAGGGAUGGAGAGGCCUGCAAGUAUGAGACCCUCCUUAGGAACGUGGCCCCCAACUCAGACGGGACCUAUUAUGUCCAGCUCAGCAUUGAGAUCGACCCCAAGGAGAGGGGCCGUUUUCGGUGUCACCUGGAGCACGAGGGCUUGCAGGAGCCCCUGGACUUAGCUUUCAAGGAGGAAAGAGGGUGGCUGAUUCCUGUGGUAAUUGUAGCAGGCUUACUCCUAGUAGUUGGGAUUCCCUUCCUGAUAUGCUGGUUUUGGAGAAGACGCAGAAAGAACCACUAUCAGGAAGUGGCAAUCUGCCAUGAUCAGGCUCCUUCACAAAGAGCUCCUUCUCCCCCCGAGAAUGAAACAGAAGAUGAGAGUCGAUCUCCCUUGUUGCCUAAAUCAACAUCAGAGCACAAGGCAUCCUACGGAAUGCACAGGAGUCAGAGUGAUCCAGGAGCCUCAGUGUCACCAUUGUGCAGGCAAGAAAAGGAGUGCAAAGUGGAAAACGUGGGAUUGGAGCCAGCCAAGCGCAUCCAUGAACACCAACUGGCUGUCAGAGGACAUGAUGAAAAUUUCCUUAAUUUCACAAUAUAGGGAUAGACUCAACCAUCGUUUCAACUGGGAAACUGUGAGCAAGCCAAAUCCAGAAAACAUUAGAGAAUUCCUGGAGGCUUGGCACUUACUGUGGACAAAUUGGCCAUCAACAGGCACAUAGAGAUAAACAACAUCUACAUCCCACUGAAAAGAAACAGUCCAAACACCCAAAGGAAACAAAAAGUACCUUUUAACCAGCAAUCUAUAUGAGCAGAAAUGAACACCAAGAUUAACACUAGACCAGCAAUCAAGUAAACAGCAUCCCAAUCGAAUAAUUACCAAUACAGGCAAAGAAGCUAACAUUAAACAACAGCUUAAUCAAGGAACUCCAAGAAAAGCCCCACCAACAGUGACCGGGCAAGUCACUAGGAUCUAAAAAGAGAGCAAA